UGGCAUCCCUGCUCCGUGUCAUCUCGCAGUUUUUCUCGUAACAGUAGUUUCCGCAAUUGUCGGAAAAAAUAUUUUAAUUUAUAAUUGCCUUUUCCUGUCAAUACGCUAUUAACGAGCUUAAUAGAAAUAGAAUCAAAGAGAAAGUUUCAAAGUUGUCCAAGUUUUCAAUUUUAAAUGUAAUUUAUCCUUGUUUUACGUUUGGUUCUGUUAAAAGCACGAUGUUUCGUCGGCACGGUUAAAACCACGUGCUUCGAAAGGCCGAUAGUUAUUAUGAAAAAUGAUCUAACUUGAGAGAAGAUUGAUUAGAAAAUAAAGAUCCUUGUCACCAUCGCAGAGUUAUGCUGAAGCAGGAUGACGGAAUUCGUGGAUGGCUGGAUAUUUGGACACGUCCUAGGAGAAGGUGCUUAUGGCGAAGUAAAAUUACUUUUAAAUAGAUCUACAGGGGAGGCUGUUGCUAUGAAAAUGAUAGAUUUAGAAAAGCAUCCAGAUGCUAGGCAAACAGUACGCAAAGAAACUGCCAUUCAUCGUAUGUUAUCUAAUCCUAAUAUUAUACAGUAUUUUGGAAAGCGUAGUGAGCCAACUAUGGAAUAUAUAUUUUUGGAAUAUGCUUCGGGUGGAGAACUAUUUGAUAGGAUUGAACCUGAUGUUGGCAUGUCAUUAUGGGAAGCACAGAAGUAUUUUAAGCAGUUGAUUUCUGCAGUUGAAUACCUUCAUAGCAAAGGAGUUGCUCACAGAGAUCUGAAGCCAGAGAACUUACUAUUAGAUGAACAUGACAAUUUGAAAGUUUCUGAUUUUGGUUUGGCAACAAUAUAUCGUAUGCAAGGCAAAGAGCGUUGCUUAGAAAGGCGGUGUGGGACAUUGCCUUAUGUUGCUCCAGAAGUAUUAUUACAUCCUUAUCAUGCUGAACCUGCAGAUGUAUGGUCUUGUGGUAUAAUUCUUGUGGCUUUGCUAGCUGGAGAACUGCCAUGGGAUCAGUCCUUGGCAGAGUGUCCAGAAUAUAUGGCAUGGAGAGAGGGGAAAUACAUGUCCUUUACACCAUGGAAAAAGUUGGAUAAUUCUUCAUUGUCUCUGAUUAAAAAUAUUCUUACGCACUCGCCAUCCUCCCGAUGUACCAUACAAGAUAUCAAGCGACACAGGUGGUUCAUUAAGAAAUUCCAAAAGUUUGGAGGUACCGAAGGUUAUAUCCGACCUGAUGAAACUGAUUCAAGGCAGGUAUUACAAGAUGAAAACUCGACGAGAUUCUGUUUGUCGCAACCUGAAUUACCUGGUGUAGAAAUUAAUGCUGUACAAAUCAAUUUGGAAGAACGACCAGGAUUCUCAUUUUCACAACCUGCUCAUAUAGAAGAUUUAUUAUUAUGUACACAAGCACAAACUAAACAAUUUACUCAACCAAGUCAGCAGAAUACCUUCCAACGUCUGGUUCGACGAAUGACAAGAUUUUUUGUUAAAACGGAAUUAGAGACAACUGUAAAAAGACUAGUAAACUGUUUAACUAAUGAAAAUUAUACUUGUCGUAUCAACGAAUGUGGCACAAUCACCAUAUCAAGUAUGGAUAGAAGAAAAAUGCCAUUGGUUUUUAAAGCAAACAUUAUCGAUAUGGAUGGGAAAAUGCUGGUUGAUUUCCGACUAUCUAAAGGCUGUGGUCUAGAAUUUAAACGGAGAUUUGUAAAAAUUAAAUCUUUGUUGGAAGAUAUAAUCUUAAAGGGUCCCGUUACAUGGCCGAUUACUGUUGCAACAGAACGCAUGUCUUAAAAAUGAUGUACAAGAUUUAUUUUUAAAUAAACAUUUUAUACUCUUGUAA